AUGACGCAAAGAACGCUCACUUUUGUCACUGGUAAUAUAAAAAAGUUGGAAGAGGUUAAGGCUAUCUUAGGCACCAAUUUCCCUUUUGAGGUUAUAAAUCACAAGCUGGAUUUGCCAGAAUUGCAGGGUGAAGUCGAGGAGGUAUCAAUAAAGAAAUGUCAAGAAGCUGCUCGCCGCCUUAUGAAACCUGUUGUAGUUGAAGAUACUUGUUUAAGUUUUAACGCUUUGAAGGGCCUGCCUGGUCCAUAUAUAAAAUGGUUUUUAGAAAAAUUGGAGCCCGAAGGUAAAACAACCGGUAAAAUAGUGUCUCCAAGAGGUACGCGUGAUUUUGGUUGGGAUUGCAUUUUUCAACCUGAUGGUUACAAUUUAACUUAUGCCGAAUUGCCCAAGGAAGAGAAAAAUAAAAUAUCACAUAGGAGAGACUAA